CGAACCAGCGUUGAGCCAUGGAUUUCAUCGAUGCCAAAGCAACGACAUCACCGAGGGUCGCAUCGGCCAGCGAUUUCUUCACUGCCAGCAGCGGGCUGACUGAGAAAGCUGCACAUGAAGAAAGUGUUAAGCCACAGAGCGAAAAAUCUGGAAUUGGACUUCGCCUGCCGGUUAAGAAAAAGAAGCCUAAGGAAGGGAACAAGAGUCCUGUGGGCCAAGCGUCGGAAGGAAGUUUCUUCGAUACCACGGCUGUUGGCCACCCGCAGUCAUCCGAAGCUCCAAAGGUUGGAAGCGGCUUUGAGUUUGCAGCGCCCCGUUCGGCAGAUCCAGAGUCGCAGCCAGUGCAACCCACCGUGUCACAGGAUUUCUUCACGGCCAGUGGAAGCGCCACCGAUGUUUCUGCCACCUUGUCCCACCCGCAGGCAGGUACAGAGGGCAAGUCGAAUUUCGCACUUCGCUUGCCAAAAGCGAAAAAGAAGACACCGCCGCGGGAACGCGACAAGGGUCCCAUCAGUCAAAUAUCGGAAGGAAGUUUCUUCGAUACCACGGCUGUUGGCCACCCGCAGUCAUCCGAAGCUCCAAAGUUUGGAAGCGGCUUUGAGUUUGCAGCGCCCCGUUCGGCAGAUCCAGAGUCGCAGCCAGUGCAACCCACCGUGUCACAGGAUUUCUUCACGGCCAGCAGUGGAAGCGCCACCGAUGUUUCUGCCACCUUGUCCCACCCGCAGGUAGAGAGCAAGUCCGGCUUCACCCUGCGAUUGCCCAAAGCCAAAAAGAAGACCCCUCCAAGGGAACGUGAGAAGCGGCUAAGUCGAAUGAGUGAAAUGUCCCAAACGCAAGGAAGCAGACCCAGUGGAUCAAUUGCCGAUCUCCCCAGGGCAGUCAGGGCAGAGGUGGAUCCCACUGAAGCUUCCCAAAGCUCCCCAUCCAGGGGGAAACCGUCACAGAUGACGCUCAAACCCAGAAAUUUUGGCAUGGUCAGUGUGGGUGCCAAGUCAGAUGAAACCGUGGCUGGAGCAGAUUUGGAUGCUGCUGCUACGAAGAUCCAGGCGAUCUUCAGGGGCAAAACUGCACGGCAGCUAGUGAAGACCAAACUUGAUGCCAUAGCAGCCAUUGGCCGAGUGAAACUGCACGGGCAGUCCAAAGAUGGUUCGCCGCUUGAGACCUCGGAAGGGGAAGACCAUGCAAGGGAAAGUGCUCGGAACGCAAUCCCAUUGAAUACUUUCUUUGAAGUCUCGCAAGCCAUUCAGACGGAGCACACCACUGGAAACCUGUCAGAGGAGCAGGCGGCAUCCAAGAUCCAAGCACUCUACCGUGGGAAGAUGGCAAGACGGCAUGUAUCAAAUCAGCAUGACGCAGCGACUCGCAUCCAGGCCCUUUGGCGCGGCCGUCAGGUUCGGGCCAAGGCUACUUUGAUCUCGGUGGCGCAAGUUGGGAUGUUACGGAUCAAGGCCAUGCGCCAUGGCCAUUCACCAUCUUCACCCAGCCCGAGCCCCGCGCUCCAGGAAGCCCAGAAAACUUUUCUGGAAACUCCCAGGCAGAGUCCCCGAACUCAAGGGGAGAGUCUCCGUGCGGCGGUGCGCUUGCAGGCUGUGUUCCGUGGCAACCAAGUCCGGAGGCUGUUGGAGGCUCAGCGCCAGGCAGCAACGAAGAUCCAAGCGCAAUUUCGGGGACGGAAGGGGCGAUUGUUCGCAAUGGACCUGGCAACAGUGGUGAAUCUACGAGUGAAGGUGCACAACUUUCACAAAUCAGCUGCCGGUGCUUCGAAGGUUAUGGUUGACAACAGUUUUUUCGAUGCUGGCGGAAUAGUCUCAGAGCCACUUCUGCAGGAAAAGGCCGCUGUGACGAUACAAAACUUCUACAGAAGGAGGCGAGGGGACACGCGAAUCAGCAGAAACUCGGGCAUAGCAGAUGUGGUUUCAUCAGUGGGACCGGCAGCCGUUGGUGCCGUGCGCCGUUCCCUGGUGGCUGCCGGCUUCGCCGUGGUGGGCGCCGGCAACGCGCAGAUCGCGCAGCUCUUCCACCGCGCCAGCGCCACCUUCGACGAGGCCCUCAGCGCCGUGGGCAGCGCGGGGGACGCCGCAGCGCAACGGGCCUCGGUGGCGCUGGGGGAAUCCUUGCUGCAGAUGGUGGUGGAUACGUCGUCGCCGCCAGAAUCACCCAAGAUGAAAAGUCAUGGAAAGGAUGAGGAGCCACCGGGACAACAUGACGAAGAUGGAUCUGAUUCCGAGUCGGACGAGCCGAAGGAUUCGAAGCUGGAAGAUGAGCCGAAGCAUUGGACAGCUGGAGAUGGAGAUUCCGAGUCCAAACCACGGUCGAAGAAAGCAGCGGCCAGGGAAUUCAUACGAUGCAUUGAUCAAUCCUGUGCAAAGCUGCAGGGCUGGCUGCAACGUCGAAAGGAGCGACCACCGGCUGCGCCGCUCCGAUUGGACCUGGUGCCGCUGGCGCCGCUGGCAGCGCCCGUGGUGAAGCUGGGGGAAGAGAAGGACAAGGCGCUGCAGAUGUUGCCGUCAGAGAUGCCAAUGAUGGGCGGACGGUUGGAGAAAUGCGAGGUAGCGCCACGCUUCUAUCCAGGUGAUGCCUGCAGAGACUGCGGCUUUUCGGGUAGAAGUUUUAAGUCCAUCAGUGCUGAGUUGGAGUUCAGCCUCUGGGGAUUCUGUGAAGCUUGCCAGGACAAACUCUUUUUGCUUCAAACAGCUGAGUCGGAAACUGCCGGUGUGAGCCUGAUUGCUCCCGGCUAUCCAUUUGCAGCCUUGUCACCGUAUCACACUGUCCCCGUGGUCUACCCAGAUGACACUCCAUGGAUUUCACCCUUUCACCUAUUCUUGGCACAUCAAUUUCCAGAACACGAUUGCCAAAAGUUCGUCCAUAGCGCCGGUCUGGGAAGUUCGGUGCGAUCUCUGACGGCCCUGUUGGACCAAGAUCUGCUGCGGAACCGGUUGAACCGUGUCCGUGAGGAUUGGCCUCAUGGAUGGGCGGUGAAGGCCAUGAGACAUGCGAUUUUCCUGGCAGUGGAACAGCACCCUAGGUUGGCCGCGUUGCUGUUGGCCACAGGCACUUCGAGACUCAUCUGCCUCUCGGAGAAUUUCCUAUGGGGAAUGGAGCAGCAGGACAACGCCUUCCGCGGCGAGAAUCUGAUUGGAAAGAUUUUAGAAGAGAAACGGGAUCUGCUUACGUGAUUCUGGAAGCUGCAUUCAAUAUUCAGCGGUCCACUUCACUGGCGACGUCCAAGCGGGAAAGCAAUGCAGUCAAUCUACUUCCAGCUCCAACGCGCAGUUUAUGCCAUUGAGAAGGGCCACAACUGGGGCCCGCCACCUCUGAUUGGCCUGGUGCCCCAUAUGAGGCGGACAGAAGCAGAAUGCGUCCACUCUGUGUCCAGCCGUGUGCUGGUGCGAACCUGCGGGCGCAGCGG